GACUGUGUUUGUAAGCUGAAGAAUUCCUUGUAUGGACUUAAGCAAUCUCUGAGACAGUGGUACAAGAGAUUUGACAGUUACAUGCUUGAGCUGGGCUACAACAAAAGUCCAUAUGAUUGUUGUGUGUAUCACAGCAAGGUGGAGGAUGGUUCUAUGAUCUAUCUUGUUCUGUAUGUGGAUGAUAUGCUCAUAGCUGCGAGGUCAAAGUCUGAUAUCCAGAAGUUAAAGGGGCUUCUCAGUGCUGAGUUUGAGAUGAAGGAUUUGGGAGCUGCUCAGAAGAUCUUGGGUAUGGAGAUUUACACGGAUAUGUCGAAGAAGAAGCUUUUCUUGUCAGAGAAGAGCUACAUCUAGAAGAUAUUGUCAAUAUUUGGUAUGUCCUCAGCAAAGCUCUUGAAUACUCCUAGUGCUUCAAAUGUUCAUCUAUCCUCAACUUGUGCACCGUAGUCAGAGGCUAAGAAGGAGUACAUGUUGAGAGUCCCAUGUGCUAGUGCAGUAGGUAGAUUGAUGUACGCUAUUGUAUGCACUAGACUUGAUCUUGCACAUGCUGUUAGUGUUGUCAGCAGGUUCAUGAUACAACCUGGGAAGAAGCAUUGAUGAUAACACGAAAUUUGCACAUGUUUUAUCCCUCAUUUCUUGAUUUUUUAGUUGGUAUUGAUCAUACUUUGGCCUAUUUUACGCUAGGUUGUGUUCCUUUGUCACAUUUCAGGUCAUAGCACGUAAAGUGAAGCAUAUGCGCAAGUUUCAAGUCAAUCGGAGAUCAAUUGGCGACUCGGGGGAAGAAACUCGGGUAUGACCAAAGGAAGAACGGAUUUCUACCUCAUUUAACGGAAAAAAUAAUCUUGCAAUCUAGGCAUAGAAAGAAAUAUGACGAGAAUACGAGCGUUCGGGAUCAAACGACGAUUGAUUCGGAGUUCGGAUGAGGGAGAAAUGACCGAAAGAUAGGAGCCUCUCCAAAGUUACGGGCUGGUCUUCAAAGUUACGGCAUGGCCGUAACUUGGCUAUUUUGGCCGUAACUCGGGACCACGCGAGACAUAAUCCAGUCCAGAAGUUAUGGCCUGAACCCCAAAGGUUACGGUCGUAACUUGGCUUCUGUGAGCUGUAUAAAUGCAUUUUUACGGAUUCUGAAGGGGGAGAGCGGGGUUUUGGUUCCCAAACACCCAAGGGACGAACCCUAGAGAGAGAAAAGACCUUGAGAUCAUUCUUGGAGCUAUUUUUGGAGGAUUUAUUCACCAUUAGAGCUCAGGAAUCAAGCUUGGAGAUGGAGAUUGAAGAUCUAGAUCACAUUUCUGCAUUCUCUCUCUUCUCUAUGGAGUAACUUCCCUUCACUUAGGUUUUGAGGAACCCUAUUUUUGUAUGCUAUGAAGAGUUGUAUGAACACGAUUCAUUAUUGUUUGACGUUUUAUAUUCAGUCGAAGCAUUGAUUCAGAAUUACUUGAGUCCUGAUCAAACUUUUGUAAUUCCUGCUUUAACCUAGAAAGAUAGUCUCUGCAUAGGUUAAUAGAGCAACCUCAAUUGGAAGUAGUGGAUCAAUUGCUUUAGUCGAGAAAUCGAUUCACUGCUCUGUACUGGAAUCAAAGACAGUAGAGGAAGUUUUGUGUGGUUUACCUUAAAUCUGUCAACUUAAAUCGAGAGUUCGGACUAGUAAAGAACUUUCUGCGGUAUAUCUGUCAACUGAAUUGGAUUCGGUGAAUUACAAGUUGGCCUAACUGCAGACUAGGGGGAAUCAUACCUAAGUGAGUUCCCAACUUGUAAUUAGUAGUUUUACCUAGUUUAGAUUGUAGAGUAGUUUAGUUAAUCAAAUCUUAAGUUGAUU